UAUUCCUAAUUUUACCUUUUUCUUAUUAAGUCAGCAGGAAUAAAAAAUGAUACUCCUAGAAAUUCACAAUCGUAUCUUGGAGGACACUGUCUCAGUCAAGAUUAGAAAUGCAUUAAAUGGGAGCAAACCAGAGUCCAUUGAUGUCACAAUUGCUGACUUUGAUGGCGUCCUUUUUCAUCUCACAAACCCUGAUGGAGAUAAAACCAAGAUAAGGAUCUCUAUCUGCCUGAAGUUUUACAAAGAGCUUCAGCAGCACGGUGCAGACUCCCUUAUUAAAGAAGAAUAUGGGGAAUUUCUCAUGGAGACACCCGAGUCUGGCUACAAUAUCUCCAUACUUUUGGACCUGGAGAAGCUUCCUGAAGACUGGCAACCUCUGGUCAAGAAAAUAGGUCUGCUCAAGAGAAAUUGUUUUGCUUCUGUAUUCCAGAAGUACUUUGAGAUCCAAGAAAAAGGAGAGGAAAGCAGCAGCAGAGCUGUCAUUCAUUAUAGAGAAGAUGAGACCAUGUACAUUGAGUCAAAGCCUGACCGAGUUACUGUGGUCUUCUCUACAAUUUUCAAAGACCCUGACGAUGUCGUCAUUGGCAAGGUCUUCAUGCAGGAGUUUAAAGAAGGCAAGAGAGGAUCACAAACUGCGCCACAGGUGCUCUUCUCUCACAAGGAGCCGCCUCUGGAACUGCACGACACUGAUGCUAGGAUUGGCGAAAAUAUUGGAUAUGUUACUUUUGUGCUGUUCCCUCGCCACACAAACAAAGCUGCUCGUGAGAACACCAUCAACCUGAUCCACAUGUUCCGCGACUACCUCCACUAUCACAUCAAGUGCAGUAAAGCCUACAUUCACACGCGCAUGAGGGCCAAGACUUCCGACUUCCUGAAGGUGCUCAACCGCGCCCGUCCUGAACAGAGCAACAGCAAGCGAGUGGCAGGCGUCAGCCAGCGCAACACGGCCAUCCGAGCUCUGACCUAACAACGUCUCUCCUUUGCUACGACAUCGCCCAGCGAUUCGUAUUCUCCAGCCAUGCCCUACUUCUUACUCCAGAACUCUAUUGCUCUCGGCUCCGAAACUCUAUUGCUUACGACUACAAAACUCUAUUGCUUGCGACUACAAAACUCUAUUGCUCCCCCGUUUACUCAAAUUAUGUUGUUGCUUCUAUGGCAGUCGAGCUAAAAUAAGCUCACGGCCACAAGCUCAAUGAACUCGCAUACAAAACAUUCAGAUUUACUUAUAUAUACGUUAUCUGAAGGUAGAUGCAAAUUACCAAUAAAAGUAACUCACAAACAAAAUACACGCAAGCAGACCUGCCCUGGCUUUGAUUUGUGUCAGCUGGUAAGCGAUUGCUUGCUACGCUCAACGAUUUACUCUUGGUAGUUACUUGAACAUUCUACAUUUUGUUUAAAGCCUGAACAAAAUAUAAUGGCUACUGAACAUUAACGGAUCCGAUUUUUCCUGGUUGUGAGUUUUCAUGCAUUUAGUCUAUUUUCAUUGUUCUUCUUUUGUAUUAAAAUAAAGCUUGCAUUGCCAUAACGUGAAUAAUUGUUCAUUUCGCUCUUUUUCUUCUACUAUUUUUUUUGCCAAUAACUGGGCUCCUAAGUUUAAUAGCACUACCUACUCAUAUUUGUCACUCAUUCCACUUGAUUCCACCAAUUGUUAAUUUUGUCUCGUUAUGAAAGGCGAGCUCACCUAAUUUCCUAUUUCAGUGUCGCAUCAUCGUUUGUCAAUCGAUGGGCAGUAUCUUGGCCAACGAGCUUGAUUGUUAAUACGAUUGCCUAUUUAUUCAUCACGCUCAAUUUGAAAUGAGGCUAGAGCGACUCGUUAUUCUGCAUGUCUACUAGUUGCUUCUUUUUUCGCGUUCUGACUUUCAACAUCUGCUACGAGAUUUCCAACCUUUUCUGAUCUGCAAACUUGAUUCUGCUUCACUCUUCUUGGUCUUGGCCAUUUCUGCUUGCUUAGUUUUAAUGUUCACUGCCAUGAUUUCACCUCAAUGUUUUGUUCUUUGAUUGCUCGAUAUCUAAUUUGUUUGGGAUGUAAUGUUGUAUUUUAAUAAUAAAGCAGGUAACGUGUAUUCAUCAAAAACCCGUAUGAUGUAUAGAGCUACCACAUCUCUAGAACGAUGGUCGCACCAUCCAUGUACGCGAUCCGUAUGAUUCCAGCCUACAUCAUUGUAUUUUUAAUGCUUUAUCCUCUGUAACUUAUUUCGUGUAAAAUUUUUUGCAAAUUAUUUUGAACAUAAAAUAGGGAAUUAUUAUUGGCAAUUUUCUCAGGACUGCUUUAAAAUGAAAAGAACUAUGUUUAUUAUACAUGUUAUUUUUCUGAUCACCCAGUUCAUAACUGGUAUAUUGUUUCGUUGACUAAAUGUGAGAAUGACGUAAAGCUCCUAGAAGUUGAAUUUGCAUAUUGUUUUCUUAGAUAUUUUUGCUAGCUGUAAUUCUGUUACUGUGGAUUACAUUUCUAAAAUUAGUCUUAAAAGUUUUUCAGAAGCAAAAUAAUUUGUCUCUAUUUCCGAAUGGAUAAAUUGUAAUCCCCUUAUGACUUCCAAAAACCUAGAGAUUCAGUAGUACCAUAUCUAUGUCAUAAUGAAGUUUCGGCUACAAUAUCAUUAAUGAAUGGGCACCAACCUACAAGAGUAAUUGUCUUCUGGUUUGCCUGGUGAAUUGAUCCCAUUGUAACUAAUUCUUCUGCUGUAAGAUCCAUUCUAUGAGACCAUUUUGGGUGCCAAAUUCGAUAAUUAUACAUAUAAUGUUCAUUUUAGAUUGCAAUGUAUCUAGAAUUGUCAUGCAUUAUCGCUAUUGUUAUUACAGAUAUGUCUUGAUUUCGUGUUGUGUGUUUGCUAUAUUAUUUGAUCAAUUAACAUAAAUUAGCUUUUAUUUAUCA